CAAACACACUUACAAGAGAAGAUCUCACGGUUUAUUCACUACUCAUUAUAGUAACGAUACAUCUCUCUCACUUGGCCAUAAACAAAUACAUACAAAUGCUCACCAACCUGAGUUCAAACAACUAGAGAGAAGACCCUUCAACAGAAGAAGAAGAAUUAAAUGGUAUCCUUCUCAAACCCAACUUCACCACAAUGAUAUAAACUUGGCCUAUACUGAAUACUGAUAGGCACGCCAUCCUUAUUACUGAUCGAAACCAAAAGGACUUCGAAUUACAGUAUGCAAGAUCCCGAGCUUCUUCAAUAUAUAAAAGCAUGGCAUUACCUGAGAUCACCAUGUUUCUGGGAGGAAAUCAGCAUAGCUCUCCAACUGGGGUUCAUUGGAAGCAUAUUAGUCCAUUUCCUAUGGAAAAAGUUCACUCUGUCACGCACAAGGAGAUCAAACAGCAAAGAAGAUGACUUCACAAGUCAACUUCAGAUUGGUGUAAAACUUGGCCUCUCCUACAAAGCAAGCAUUGGUUGCUCCAGUUUGCUAUUAGUAAGCCAUUGCCUCUUGCUUCUGAUGCUACUGAAUGGAAAUGGAACCCAUUGCAGAUUUACAAACUUAGUCCUUCUGGGAGAAAUCAUGCAAGUGGUAUCAUGGUCAACGGCAUUAGUUGUGGUAUUCAAUACACAGAAAGCAAGAUCCAUGAUGCUUCCCUGGAAUGUAAGAAUCUGGUGGAUUUAUAGCUUCUUGCACUCCAUUAUCUGCACUGCUCUUGAUAUAUAUUACAUUCUUAGGAACCAUGGGUCUCCAGGAAUCGGAGACUACAUUGCCUUCCUUGAUCUCCCUGCCUCCACCUGCCUGUUAGGGAUAUCGAUCAGAGGGGCCACAGGCAUCUCAUUCUUUGAAACUGGCAUUACAAACCCACUUCUCAAUGUUAAAACUGAAAAGCAUGCAGAAGAAAAUAGGGAAUCUCCAUAUGGAAAAGCUACACCUCUCCAACGUAUCACCUUCUCAUGGCUCAAUCCACUGUUUGAAGUCGGGAACAAGAGACCCCUUGAACAAGAAGAGAUCCCUGACAUAGAUAUCAGAGACUCGGCCGGAUUCCUCUCCUGCUUGUUCAAUGACAGUCUAAAUUGUGUCAAAAAUAUGGAUGCUACAACAAACCCAUCUAUAUACAAAGCAAUCUUUCUAUUUAUCUGGAAAAAAGCAGCAACCAAUGCAUUGUUUGCAAUGAUUGGUGCGGUAGCAUCAUGUAUCGGGCCGUACUUGAUUGACGACCUUGUGAAGUUCCUGAGUGGAAAGAAGCAGCAACACAGCUUGAGUGGGUACCUUCUUGCAUUAGCCUUCCUGAGUUCCAAAGUCAUCGAGACAGUGGCUCAGAGACAAUGGAUCUUUGGGGCCUACCAGCUAGGCCUUCGCCUGAGAGUGGCUCUGAUAUCACAAAUUUAUAAAAAGGGCCUGUAUCUAUCAAGUGAAUCCCGCCAAAGCCAUGCCAGUGGAGAGAUCAUCAACUAUAUGAGUGUUGAUCUCCAACGUAUUGUGGACGUCAUGUAUUUAAUGAACAUAAUCUGGAUGUUGCCCAUACAAAUUUCUCUGGCAAUUUACAUUUUAAGCAACAACCUGGGUCUUCUUGGCUCUCUGGCGGCAUUAGCAGCAAUGGUGAUUAUAUUAGCCAUUAACAUACCCAAUACAAAGAUCCAAAGGAGGUUACAGUCAAAGAUGAUGGAGGCCAAGGACAGCAGAAUGAAAGCCACAGCUGAGGUUCUUCGAAAUAUGAGGACUCUGAAACUUCAAGCCUGGGAAACUCGAUUCCUUCACAAUCUUGAAAGCUUGAGAAAGAUCGAGUACAUAUUGAUAUGGAAAGCACGCAGUUCGGCAGCAAUCUCAUCUUUUCUCUUCUGGGGAUCCCCUUCCUUCAUCUCAAUAAUGGCCUUUGGGACAUGUAUACCAAUGGGGAUCCCAUUCACAGCUGGGAAAGUUUUAUCUGCGCUGGCAACCUUCCGGAUGUUACAGUACCCAUUGUUCAAUUUAUCCGAUUUGCUAUCAGCAGCUGCACAAGCCAAAGUUUCAAUCGACAGAGUCACUUCGUACCUCCAGCAAGGUGAAGUUCAAAUGGAUGCAGUCUUGUUUGCUCCAAAAGAUGAGUCAGAGUUCGAUAUCGAGAUUAGCGCUGGAAAGUUCAGCUGGAAUCCAGAGUCAAGAAUCCCAACUCUUGACGGAAUAGAGUUGAAAGUGAAGGGAGGGAUGAAAGUAGCAAUCUGUGGAACUGUAGGAUCAGGGAAAUCUAGUCUUCUCUCAAGCAUACUUGGAGAUAUAAUGAAGUUGUCAGGAACAGUGAAGAUCAGUGGGACAAAGGCUUACGUUCCUCAGUCUCCAUGGAUAUUGACAGGAACGAUCAGAGAGAAUAUCCUUUUUGGAAAUCCAUUUGACAGUGUCAGGUAUGACAGAACAGUUAAAGCAUGUGCUUUGAUGAAGGAUUUCCAGCUCUUUCCCUGUGGUGACUUGACAGAAAUCGGAGAAAGAGGUAUCAACAUGAGUGGUGGCCAGAAGCAAAGAAUACAAAUUGCACGUGCAGCCUACCAGGAUGCUGACAUAUAUCUUCUUGAUGACCCUUUCAGUGCUGUGGAUGCUCAUACAGGGACUCAACUCUUUCAGGAAUGCCUGAUGRGGAUCCUCAAAGAAAAGACAAUACUUUAUGUCACCCACCAAGUCGAGUUUCUACCUGCAGCAGACCUCAUUCUGGUUCUGCAAGAUGGAAGGAUCACACAAGCUGGAACKUUUGAUGAACUUCUAAGACAGAAUACAGGAUUUGAUGCAUUAGUAGGUGCACACAACCAAGCUCUGGAAUCAAUCUUCACAGUCCAAAAGUCAAGUAGAACAUGUGAAAAACCUCUAUCCGAUGGUGAAGCUGAUACAGAAUCCAGAAUAAAUCCAGAGCUUCAACUAAAUGGUAAGCAUGAUCCUAGACAUAACCUUUCAAAUGACAUAACCAGAAAAGGAGGAAGACUGACACAGGAUGAAGAGAGAGAGAAAGGAAGCAUUCGGAAAGAAGUUUACUGGUCUUAUUUGACCACAGUGUGGGCAGGGGCCUUUGUCCCACUCAUAAUCUUGGCACAGUUGCUCUUCCUAGUACUACAGAUAGCAAGUAAUUAUUGGAUAACAUGGGCUUCCCCUCUUACAUCUGGGACUGAGCCAGCUAUGGAGAUAACCUUUCUAUUWUUUGGGUAUAUACUUCUCUCAGUCGGCAGUUCAGUUUUUGCAUUCGUUCGAGCCAUGCUAGUAACAACCGCCGGCCUUCUAACAUCACAGAAACUUUUCAUCAACAUGCUACAUAGUGUACUCCGGGCUCCAAUGGCAUUCUUUGAUUCAACCUCAACUGGGAGAAUCCUGAAUCGGGYAUCYGAAGACCAAAKUGUGCUUGACAWRGAAAUGGCAGGCAGAUUAGGUUGGUGUGUUUUCACAUKUAUACAGGUUCUAGGGACUAUUAUCGUCAUGUCACAGGUAGCAUGGCAAGUAUUUGUAAUCUUCAUUCCAGUGACUGCAAUCUGCAUAUGGUACCAACAAUACUAUACAUCAACUGCAAGAGAAUUGACCCGGUUAACAGGGAUUCAAACAGCUCCAAUUCUCCACCAUUUUGUAGAGUCACUUUCUGGAGCUGCAGCAAUCCGUGCCUUCAACCAAGAAAACCGCUUUACUGAGACAAAUCUCAUCCUCAUUGACAAUUACUCAAGGCCAUGGUUUCAUAACAUGUCAGCAACAGAGUGGAUUUCUUUCAGAUUGAACAUACUGUCCAAUUUUGUGUUUGCAUUCUCGGUGGUUUUUCUUGUGAGCCUCCCUCAUGGGAUUAUUAACCCAAGAAUUGCAGGAUUGGCAGUAACAUAUGGAUUGAAUCUUAACUCACAGCUAGCCAAUAUGGUGUCCACAAUAUGCAAUGCAGGAAAUAAAAUGAUCUCAGUAGAAAGAAUUCUACAAUAUUCAAACAUUGCUAGUGAAGCCCCAUUGGUAGUUGAAGAUCACAAGCCACCAAAUAACUGGCCACAUCUUGGAAAAAUUUGCUUCAUUAACUUGCAGAUCCGAUACGCUGAGCAUCUUCCAUCUGUCUUAAAAAAUAUUAGCUGCACAAUUCCAGGAGGGAAAAAGGUUGGUGUUGUGGGACGAACAGGCAGCGGGAAAUCAACUCUAAUACAGGCAAUAUUCCGUAUUGUGGAACCCAGAGAGGGAAGUAUUGAAAUUGAUGAUAUAAACAUCUGCAAGAUAGGCCUUCAUGACCUGAGAUCCAGACUUAGCAUCAUUCCGCAGGACCCAACAAUGUUUGAGGGGACAGUAAGAGGAAACAUGGACCCACUAGAGCAAUAUUCUGACAGUGAAAUAUGGGAGGCUAUGGAUAAAUGUCAACUUGGUGACUUAGUGCGUGCAAGGGAAGAAAAGUUGGAUUCAACAGUGGUUGAGAAUGGAGAAAACUGGAGUCUGGGCCAGAGGCAACUAUUCUGUCUUGGAAGAGCCUUAUUAAAGAGAACCAGAAUUCUUAUUCUAGAUGAAGCCACAGCCUCUGUUGAUUCUGCAACUGAUGGUGUAAUACAGAAGAUCAUAUGUCAGGAGUUCAAAAAUUGUACUUUGUUAGUUGUUACCAUAGCUCACAGAAUCCACACAGUUAUAGACAGUGAUCUAGUUCUGGUUCUCAGUGAAGGAAGGAUUGUGGAGUACAACACCCCAGCUAAGCUACUGGAAAGAGAGGAUUCAUUCUUCUCAAAGCUUAUUAAGGAAUACUCUUUGAGAUCACAAGACUUCAACAGAUUAACAAACUUAAAGAAUGCACGUUGCAUUUUAUAGUAUCUGUGAAGCAUAAAGCUUUUUAUGUUAUUCCAAAAUCAAGAUUACAUGCUACAAAAUAAUUCAAGAGCUGCAACAAUCCAGAACAAAUGAAGAAUAAAUGAUUCCUCAAACUGAUUAGGGAACAGCACUGAGUGCCCUGGGAUGGAGUAAUAUAUCUAUCUGUUUUAUCCUCUUCCAGACAAAAAGAGAGCAAUAGGUUAUUGUGUUUUUUCUAUUUCUGCUUGAUCACUUAUAAUUCUGUCGCUUCAUUUAUCCAGAACAUAUCCAUUGUUAGCAGUCUUUUAGAUUAUUUCUCACCAUUCUGAUCCAUGGCCCCAAAGCAAAUAUUCUAUAGAAUUAUCAUCAAUAUACAAUAAGUUCAUAGAAAUGAACAAAGCAACAAAGAAAAAGAUCAUCUUAAACCAUCAAAAAAUCAUUAUGAUGCUCUACUAAUUUAUAAAAAACAACAAUGAAUGAUGUGGCUGAUCAUUUUCAAAAAUAAUAAUAAUAAUGUAACUGAUCAAUAUAAUAACAGGCACUCCUGUAUGAUCCUUAUAGUUCAUGAUUAACAGAACUUAUUAAGUAUGGCUAAUAGAGAUAUGAAGCUACUAUCUCCUGUGUUCCAUUUAGUUGAAUGGAACAAGAACAGUUUAAUAGAAACAGUUUAAAUUCUAAAAAUCUCUCAUACAGAUAGGAAAUUCAUAAAGAUAAUACCUUAUCCCCGCAUAAAUCAGAAAGGGCCAAAAUUUCAUAACCAUAAAAGGAAGAUUCUAUCAACGUAAUCUAUACUUUACCGCACUUGAGUUAUACAAUUGUAGUACAGACAGAACUCAAACAUGAAAGGAAAGAAAAUCCUAAGCAAACAUGGAAAAUCCAGCACAGAUAUUCUAAGCCAUGGUUGAAGUCCCAUUCUCUUCUUUAUGGAAAUGGAAAUCCCAUGCUCGAAAUUUAAGCCUCCAUACCAAACCCAAAUCCUUUAAAUAGUUUCUUUCCUACCCAAAUCAAUAAGCAUCUUAAGCGAUUAUCAAUACCUACAAAUUUCAAAGAGAAGAAAAUUGCCCUUGUAAUAUUUUGUAAAAACGACCCAAUGUAAAUCUAUAAUAUAAUAAUGUCUACAACUCCAAAACCAUUUACUAGAAGCCCUCCAAAUUAAUGGGUUCUGCUCUUCCUUGAAUUUCCAUUUUCUUUCUAAGAGGACAUUAUUUGAUCAUUUGACUUUUCUUCUAGUCCAAAUUCAACUAUUCAAGAGUAAGAAAAGAAAAAGAGAACAAUAAAUUCAUAAAUUUUCUGAUAUCUGGGUAGAAGCACAAGAA